AUGAAUAUUUCUCCCUUAUUAAAUAUAGAUGAUGUUAUUGAGCUUGAUUCUUCACCAAAUUGUGAAAAUGUUCAAUUAAAUGCUUCAUCUUCUAAUUCAUCUUUUUCAUCGAUUCAUUUAGCAAGUGUAUCUGGUUUUUUUCAAUCUUUAUAUGCUGACAAAAUUAGUUCGAACUUAAAACUUAAUAAAAAAAACUGGAUGAUUGUUGAUGUGAAAGAUAAAAAAUCCGAUCGUUGGAAAUGUUUUGGUAUUCCUGCUCGAAAAAUUGACGAAGAAAAAAGUGAACUAUUUGAAAAAUUUGUAUCAUGCAAGCAUUGUUAUAUAACAUAUUCAUAUUCAUCCAGUACCAGAAACAUGAAUAAACAUAUUCGAAUUUGUAAUGGAUUUAAUUAUACUCAAAUUCAUUUUAUAACAUCAACAGAAAGUAAUUCUUUACAAUUAAUUAAUACAUCAACUUCAUCACCUUUAAUAUCAUCACAUUCAUCUUCUUCAAAUAAUAAAACUGAAUGGAUAUGUUCAAAUGCACGUCCACUAAGUAUUGUUGAAGAUACAGGAUUGAAAAAUAUAAUCGAAGAAGCUAUUCGUAUAGGUUAUACCUGUGGUACAACUAAAUCUGAAGAUGUUUUAUCAUGUAGAAAAGUAGUACAUAAACAAAUAAAAUCAAGUGCUGCAAGUGGACGUGAACAAAUAAACAAUUUUUAUUAA